AUGGAUGAGCCGGAGAGGGGGCUGCUCUCAGACUAUCUCAAGGCCAUGUUUCCAAGAUCCCCUCUGCUCGCAUUCAUCGACCGUGGUCGUGGCUUCCUGCAUCGCCUGGAUGUGCCCAGCUCUGGCUUGAUUCUGGUUGCCAAGUCUCAUGACGCCUGGUAUCAGCUCAAAGUCCAGGCCGCUUGUGGUGACAUUCAGCGAGACUACCUGGCCCUAUGCCAUGGCUGGAUGAGCCCUCACCGGAAGGAAAUCAACGCACGAAUUUGUUGGUGGCCAAAUGGCAGGCGAUCACCCGGCUCGGUAGAAGAUAGUGGUCGGCUUUCAGCAACCAAGCUCAGCAUCAUCGAGUUCUGCAGGAUUGGUGCACGAGGUCUUUGCCUCCUCCUCAUCCGAAUUGUGACCGGGCGGAUGCAUCAGAUCCGGCUGCACACCUCGCAUGUGGGACAUCCCACCGUCCGCGAUGCGAAGUAUUCGUCAAAGGAGACCGCUCAGGAAGAUGCGCGGUGGUGCCCAGACCACUUCCUGCACAGGUAUUCUUUGGCUUUCUUUGACAGCGCUAGAAAGCAGCUGCACAAGGUCCUGGAGCCUCUGGACAGCGGUUUGCAAGAGGCUCUCGGCAAAGUCAGCAUCCUCAAAGCUGGCCUGGCUGGGAGACCUGCUGGGAUCAUGGAAUCACAGUCGCUGCGCCGUGUGGUGCCUGUCUCUGCCGAUGGCAAGAUACUUAACGCAAGCUCUGCAGAGCCCGGCGAAGACCAGGGGGAGUGCCCUGGACGACGGGAGCUUGUUCAACAGGUUGGGCUGGCCAACGUGCUGGCAGCCGGCGCAGUCGCACCCGAACCCGCCCGGGCCCUCGCCCGCAGUGCGGAGGAGAGGGCAGCCGCGCAGGUCUUCCGAGCUGCCACACCCGGAGUGGUCGCCGUUUCUCGUGGGUACAGGCAGGGCGAGAGGAAGCGCAGCGGAGGCGUCGAAGAUGGGCUGCCGCCAUCCCUGGGCAGUGGCUUUGUCUGGGACGCCACGCACGUGGUAACGAACUACCAUGUGGUGCGGGAUCUAGCGCCCGGCGAACUGCAAAUAGUGUUCCUGGACGCGGUGAGCGGAAUGGACGAGAACGAGUUGCCCAAGCGGGAGAUCCUCAAAGGUGAGCUGAUCGGAUCCGAUCCCUUUACGGACACUGCAGUGAUCAAGGUCAUACCACCCCCGUCGGGUACGAUGACCGUCGGAAUGCACCCGCUGCCCACUGGGGAAUCCUCUGCACUCGAAGUAGGGCAAACCGUCUUCGCGAUUGGAAAUCCCUUUGGCCUGGACCACAGCAUGAGCCGUGGCAUCAUCUCAGGCAAGUCGAGGACGCUUGACAUUGGUGAGAGGCCCAUCCAGGGUUGCAUCCAGACGGAUGCCUCCAUCAACCCAGGCAACUCGGGGGGCCCUCUCCUGGAUGCUGGGGGACGUGUCAUCGGGGUGAACACCGCCAUCCUCACAGCCAGCGGCACGUCUGCCGGGGUGGGCCUGGCGAUCCCCGUGGACACGGUGAAGCGGAACGUGGAGCUGAUUCUGAAAAAGGGAUUCGUCUCGCGCGGAUUCCUGGGAAUCACCUUUGCGCCAGACGCGAUUGCUGAUGCCCUGAAUAUUCCUGGUGUCAUUGUGUAUGGGAUCAUACCCAACAGUCCUGCAGAGCAAGCAGGAGUUCGCCCAAUGCUGAACGGAACCAUUGGCGAUGUGAUUACAUCCAUGGAUGCAAAGACCAUUCGCACUGGCUCCGACGUUUUCCGACUUUUGGACAAGCGGGUUCCGGGUGACGUUGUCGCGCUCGGUCUGCAAAGGGCCCGCAGAGACGUGGACGGCAGCGCCAUUAUCGAUCAAUUGACAUUCAACGUGACGCUGAGUGCGGCCCCGAGGAAGUUCUGA